AUGGUGCUCGACUACUGCCCCGGCGGCGAGGUCUUCAGCUACCUGCGGAGAGCACGGCGCUUCAACGAGCCCACCUCACAGUUCUAUGCUGCCGAGAUUGUCCUUAUACUAGAGUUCCUCCAUGAGAGGGAAGGCGUCGCAUAUCGCGACCUAAAACCUGAAAACAUACUCAUAGACGCCGAAGGCCACCUCAAGCUGGUCGACUUUGGGUUUGCCAAGAAGGUAGAGAAUAGAGAGACCUACACACUCUGUGGCACGCCCGAGUAUCUGGCACCCGAGGUCAUCCGGAACACAGGCCACGGCACAGCAGUCGAUUGGUGGGCAUUUGGUAUCCUGGUGUACGAGUUCCUCGUGGGACAACCACCGUUCUGGGACCAGAACCCAAUGAAGAUUUACGAGCAAAUCGUAGAAGGACGCGUGCGCUUCCCUUCUGCCAUGUCCCCCACUGCACGCGACCUCAUCUCCGGCCUCUGCACCGUCGACACAUCCAAGCGACUGGGUAACGUCGCAGGCGGCGCUCAACGUGUGAAACAACACGAGUGGUUUAAGAACAUUGACUGGCAGAAGCUGUACAACCGCGAAGUCCAGGGACCCAUCGUACCACAUCUAAGGGGGCCCGCUGACACACGCAACUUUGAUGAAUAUGAACCGGAGUCGGAGAAGAGAGACCCAUAUACCAAGGAACUGAGCGACAAGUGGGAAGAGAGCUUCAAGGACUUUUAG